GGUUGCCUACUUGCUGAUAUGAUGGGAGUCAUUGACGGGGUGUUUCUGGUUCUGAUUGUCAUCCAGUUCAUUCUUGGAAACCUGGGGAAUGGUUUCGUUGGUUUGGUCAAUGGCAGAAGCUUGUUCAAGAGCAAAAGUAUCUCUCUAUCUGACUUCAUCAUCACCAGCCUGGCCCUCUCCAAGAUUGUUCUGCUGUGGAUUUUCUUGAUUGAUGGUGUUUUGAUGGUAUUCUCUUACAGAAUACAUGAUUCUGGAACAGUAAUGCAAAUAAUUGAUGUUUUCUGGACAUUUACAAACCUCCUGAGCACAUGGCUCAUCGCCUGUCUUGGUGUCCUCUACUGCCUGAAAAUUGCCAGUUUCUCCCACCCCACGUUCCUCUGGCUCAAGUGGAGGGUUUCCAGGGUGGUUGUAUGGAUGCUGUUGGGUGCACUGCUCUUGUCGUGUUGCAGUACCGUGUCUCUGAUCCAUGAAUUUAAGAUGAGCUCUGUCCUCCAUGGAAUUGAUAGCACAGGUAAUGUGACGGAACACUUGAGAGAGAAGACAAGUGAAUAUCACCUGAUGCAUGUUCUAGGGACUCUGUGGCAUUUUCCUCCCUUAACUGUGUCCCUGACUGCCUAUGUUCUGCUCAUUCUGUCUCUGCGGAGACACACGUGGCAGAUGCAGCAAAGUAGUACGAGUUCCAGAGAUCCAAGUACUGAGGCCCACAGGAGGGCCACCAGGAUCCUCCUCUCCUUCCUGUUUCUCUUCCUACUUUACUUUCUUUCCUUUUUAAUUUUGUCAUCCAGUCAUUUUCUACCAGAAGUUAAGGUGGCUCAAAUGAUUGGUGAAAUAAUCACAAUGUUUUAUCUUGUGGGCCACUCAUUUGUUCUCAUUCUGGGGAACAACAAGCUGAAAUGGGCAAUCAUGGCAAUGCUGCCAUGUGAAUCUGGUCUUCUGAAGCCUGGCUCUAAGGGCUCCUUCUCCCCAUAG